AUGAGGAAGCAGGCAGUUCCACUGGAGUUGGUCUUUCCCCAGCAACUACUGGGACAAGUUUGUCACGCGCAAGGUGAGAGGACAUGGAUGCACUGGGUCCUGGAUUGGGUCCCUGCCUGCCACCAGGCCAUCACAGGCCUGCCAAGCACUUGCUUGGUCCUGGAUAAACAUGGGGACAUCUACGGGCGGGAGCGGAUUGCUGAGCUACUGGGCAUGGACCUGGCCACACUAGAGAUCACCGCCCACAAUGAGCGCAAGCCCGACCCACCGCCAGGGCUGCUGACCUGGCUCAUGUCCAUCGAUGUCAAGUACCAGAUCUGGAAGUUCGGGGUCAUCUUCACAGACAACUCCUUCCUGUACCUGGGCUGGUAUAUGGUGAUGUCCCUCUUGGGACACUACAACAACUUCUUCUUUGCUGCCCAUCUCCUGGACAUCGCCAUGGGGGUCAAGACGCUGCGCACCAUCCUCUCCUCCGUCACCCACAAUGGGAAACAGCUGGUGAUGACUGUGGGCCUUCUGGCGGUGGUCGUCUACCUGUACACCGUGGUGGCCUUCAACUUCUUCCGCAAGUUCUACAACAAGAGCGAGGAUGAGGAUGAACCUGACAUGAAGUGUGAUGACAUGAUGACGUGUUACCUGUUUCACAUGUACGUGGGUGUCCGGGCUGGCGGAGGCAUUGGGGACGAGAUCGAGGACCCCGCGGGUGACGAAUACGAGCUCUACAGGGUGGUCUUCGACAUCACCUUCUUCUUCUUCGUCAUCGUCAUCCUGCUGGCCAUCAUCCAGGGUCUGAUCAUCGACGCUUUUGGUGAGCUCCGAGACCAACAGGAGCAAGUGAAGGAGGAUAUGGAGACCAAGUGCUUCAUCUGCGGAAUCGGCAGCGACUACUUUGAUACGACACCGCAUGGCUUUGAGACUCACACGCUGGAGGAGCACAACCUGGCCAAUUACAUGUUUUUCCUGAUGUACCUGAUAAACAAGGAUGAGACAGAACACACGGGUCAGGAGUCUUAUGUCUGGAAGAUGUACCAAGAGAGAUGUUGGGACUUCUUCCCAGCUGGCGAUUGUUUCCGCAAGCAGUACGAGGACCAGCUUAGCUGACACACCCCCAGCUGGCCCUCCACCCCCACCUCAAGUGCCUUAUUCUCACAGCAAGCCCCUUAGUCCCCACACCCCUCCCCCUAAGGCAGCUGGAGGAGAGGUGACCUAGUACUGGACAAUAAAUCUGUGCUACGCCCCC